AUGACUGCACCUCGCGACCAGGAAAAGAUGUCGGAGAACAUCCAGGCUCUUGAUGCUGAGAAGCAGAACUCUGCUCAUCAGGAGUAUUCGUCUGAGGUUCUUGACAAGAAGACUAAUGGAGAUUACUCGGGUGCCACUGCAAAGACUGAUCCCGAGGAGAUCAAGCUUGUCAAGAAGUUGGAUCUCUGGAUCAUGCCUACUCUCUGGUUCAUGUACUGGCUCAACUAUCUUGAUCGAAAUGCCAUCACGUUGGCUCGUCUCAACGGCUUCGAAGAGGAUCUCGGCCUCAAGGGAUCUCAGUACAACACGGCCGUUUCCAUCCUCUUUGUCGGAUACACCCUCGGCCAAAUCCCCAGCAACAUGAUCAUCACGCGCGUCCGUCCUUCGUGGUACAUGGGAGGCUUCAUGAUGGCCUGGGCCGUCGUCAGUGCCCUCACUGCUGUGGCUCACAACUAUACCGGUGCCCUCCUUACGCGCUUCUUUCUCGGUAUCGUCGAGGCUCCCUACUAUCCUGGUGCUCUGUACACGCUGUCGACUUUCUAUACACGAAAGGAGCUGGCGACUCGGAUUAGUAUCUUGUACUCGGGUAAUGUCCUCGCCUCUGCCUUUGCAGGCUUGAUUGCGGCAGGUGUCUUUGAAGGCAUGGAUGGACUCGCCGGCAUCAAGGGUUGGAGAUGGCUCUUUAUCCUCCAGGGAGCUGUGACCGUCCUCGUCGCCAUCGUGGCAUGCUUCACUCUCCCCGACGAGCCCCUCACAACACGAUGGCUCACCCCGGAGCAGCGCCAACUCGCCCACGACCGCGUCCAAAGAGAUACCGUCGGAGAAAAAGGUAACGGCAACCCUUGGAGUGGCCUCCGAGAAGCGUUGGCCGACCCGAAGGUCUGGGUCUUUGUCGUCUUGCAACAUCUGCACCUGGCUACAAACGGCUUCAAGAACUUUUUCCCAACCAUUGUCAACACGCUGGGUUUCAACAGAACCAUCACGCUCGUCCUGACGUGCCCUCCCUUCCUCAUCGCCGGAGCCAUCUCGAUUCUCUGGGCCAAGUCCUCGGGACACUUUAACGAGAGCACCUGGCAUAUUACCAUCUCCAAGAUAGUUGCGACGUUUGGUUUCGUCCUGGCUUGUUCUACCAUGAAUGUCGGAGCGAGGUACUUUGCCAUGUGCGUCUUCACCAUUGGAACAUACGGCGUCAACUCUAUUCUUCUGGCCUGGGUCGGAAACACUUGUGGUCAGACAAAGGAGAAGAAAGCUUCUGCCCUCGCUCUGGCCAAUGUCAGCGCCACGCUCAGUCUCAUUUGGACUCCUUAUCUCUGGCCUUCCUCGGACGCUCCUCGAUAUGUGAUCCCUCUGUCUAGCAGUGCGGCCUUUGCGGUUGCUUGCAUUGCAGGCGUGUGGCUUAUGAGGUUCAUGCUGGUGAGGCAGAACAGGAAGAUCAGGCAGAGUGACUCUGAGGCUACAUUGUUCUACGCCUACUGA